AUGCAAGCUCCAAAUAAGAAAUAAGCAGUCCAUUACAAGCAAUUGGCAAAGGUGUAUAAACAAUGUGCAGAGACAUAAAAAUUCAUAGAUGAGUUUGAAAAGAAAAACAAGGUUCACGUAGAUAAGUUUGUUCCACUUGAUUAUUUGGAACUUCCUACCAAGAUUCCCAACAUUAUUUCGAUAUCUCUAAAAAACAAGAAGAGGUUUGCUUUGGAGAAUAUUGUCAAAGAUGGAAGUCAAAAGUCAUCAAAAAAGAGCCGCAAUUCUAAAAGUAAACAGAAGGAGAAAGAGCCAUAAGUAGUAAACACUGAAUGA